AUGGAUUUUCGUAUACCAAUACGCAUCGGCUCCUCCACGGAGGCAUUGAUUGUUCCGACGAUCUUGGUAUUGGCUGCUUGGAUUAUACAUCGGAGACGCACGGUCGACCCCGGCGCUGGGAUAAGGUUUGGCUCAAAGGAUAAUGCCCCGAGCAACAAGUUGGUUUUUCCGCCUUCGAGGCGAUACCUUGUCCACAAAUUACUGCCUAACACCCCAACCCAAUUCGAAAAAGCUUCGUUUUCGGCCAUCGAACUCGGCCCGGAGCUGCUCGCCGCCAAGGCGCUGCCAACAUCCCGAGCACCAACCAGCGACGACGAAGAGGCCGGGCUCCUGACGCCGACAGGCUUCACUCUGAAGGAUGUCCGAGCCCUAGGCCGUUUUCCGGACUACCCGCUGUUGAGCGGCGUGCCGGAUCCUGAGCCUUGUGGCGAUGGGUUUGAUAUUUCCAAGGCUACGUUUCGCCCUUUUCGGCCGUUCAGGUGGGGGUAUCACCAGACUAUGGCUCUUAUGAAACUCGAGCCGGACUACUGGAUCGAGCUGGAGAAAAACUACCAGGCCUCCAUGGCGGCUCGCCAGAAACUCCUGGGCCAGCAUCGCGACCUAAUCAUGUAUUAUGAGCCCGGCUCUGAGCUGGCCUGCCGCGAGCUGAUGGAGAUGGUGGUGCGGUUUUUGUGCAAGCGCUACCCGCAGUACUUUCGACUCGAAGAGGAUGGCGAUGAGACGAUCCUCAUCAACGAGCUCCUACGAACCCGAACAGUCGUCGUCUCAUCAUCAUCAUCAUCAUCAUCAUCAUCAUCAUCAUCAUCAUCACCGCCACCCCAGCACCCGCUGGAAAUCCUAGCGGCAACUGUGCCCGAGGACUUUGCCCUCAUGCUCCGCAGCGACGAGACGGGGCUCUACCACCUCCGCGCGGCGCUGAUAUGCUCGUCUGUCGGGUGGGACGCGGGGGCCAAGCGCGGGCUCUCGCUGGGCGACAUACACGGGCCGGUGGUCGACUACCGCGCCAAGAUGGGGCUCGGCAUGGACCGGUACUUUGCGCGGCUGCCGACGGACAAGCCGAUCCAGCGGUGCUCGUGGACGCUCGAGGACUGCGCGCCGCUGUUUUCGAGCCCGGGGGCGGCGGCAGGCUCGGAAAAGGACGGGCAGGGGGGAGGCCGGGGCUGGAGCAGGUGCGCGGUGCCCGAGCAGGACCUCAAGGCGGAGGACGUGCAGCUGCGGUGCGACUGGCAGACGCUGCGGCGGCUACCCUGCAGCGGCGCCGUGGCCUUCAACUUCAAGGCCGUCUUCACGCCGCUGUCCCGGUUGAGGACGGAGCCGUUCGUGCCGGCGCUGCUGGCCACGGUGCUGAGGGAGGGGAAGCCGGCCCUCGUGGUGCCUCACAAGGCCGUCGGCCACGUGCGGGAGCUGGUGCUGCCUGUGCUGGAUGGGUGGGCGGAGGAACAGGUCGAGGAGGGGGUCGUGCCCAGGGGCUGGGAGGCCGGGACGCUGGACGAGCAUCCUUUCUACCCCGGGUGGGAGGAGAGGUGGAGGGCGGAGCAGGGGUUUUGA